CUCUGGACUUAUAACCCAGCAUCCAUAUUGAUUAGAGGUUUCAUGUUUGAAUAUUAAUAUGCUUAUCAUAAGAUCCAGAGCUCGAAGUUGACUCGAGUUGACUCGAAGUCGACCCGAAAAAAAUGAAGUCAACUCGGUUUUGAGUCGAGUCGAGUCAACUCAAAAGAAAGUAUUUUUGAAUUAAUUAAUUUUCGGUUUACAACAUUGGGUUUGAGCAGUUAUACCGUCUAAUAUUAUAAUCUACAAUAUAAUUUAAGAUAAGAGGAUUAUAUCAAGAGCAACAGGCAAAAAUCACAAUUCAUUUUGUAGAUAAAUGCUCAUACUAUACUCUUACUAAAUUAAAUUAUUUUUUCUUGUUCCAAAAACAAGCUUUAGUUAUUUUUUUGAUUAUCGAAAUAUUUUUUUUUUAAUUUAUCGCCUCUCAAACUUGUGGGGUUACUCAUAAGUAAUAUGUCAUGAAGCUAUGCGAUUUAAUACUCUCCACUGCUUCUAGGUAUCAUUUGUAAGCGACCUUAAUAAUUAAUAUAACAUUUUGUACGUGUUGCAGUUUUCAAGACCAAAGUGAACAAAUUGUGUAGUUCUAUCAAACUGUUGAAAUAAAUAUAUUGAAAGUUAACUGUCUAAAACAAGAAUAAAAUGUUUUUCAAAAUCCAAGAAAUUUGGCAAAUUUAAUUCUUAACUGAUAACUUACGAUACCAAGAAUAAAAGAAGCAAACAUCAAUAAGGUAUAAUUUAGCAUGAUACGCUUUCGAAAAAACACAAUAAAAACGAGAAAAUUAUUAAGAGUUUGUUAAAGAUGCACAAUAGUGGUAAAUCAACGAUACCGUCAAUGGAACAGAGAAAAUCCCAAAUAAAUUUACUCAAUUUUAUGGAUCAAGAAAAGCAACGACGAGAUAGUAAAGAAUUUCUUUUUCCGGAUGAUAAUUUAUUACACAAGAGACGACCAUCAGCCCACGAUCAUAGUGCUACACAGAGUGAGGAUGAUGAAAGUGCUGGUUCAUUUGAGUCAUAUAUGGUGAUAGAAUUUGAUAAAAAUAUCAAAAGAGAUGCCCUUCACUGGAUCAUUGACAAAAUAAGGAUGAGAAAAUCUGAUGGAGGCGCCCAAUUGUUGAUUCGACGAGAGCCUUGCCAGAGCAAAGAAAAAGGUUUGAUUAUACACAUAUCAGCAUCAAAGCUACGCCUUUUGGAACUAGCAGAUGAAAUUGGCUUCACUAAACCAACCCGCAACGGAAUGAGAAAUUUCAAUAUUGGAUGUCUCGACGAUUUUUUAUUCGAUAACAUGACAAUGGAUGACAUUUUGACACCAGCAGAUAAGCAAUUUGUGAUAAAAUAUGCAUUGGAAAAUAUCAAGGCGCAAGCAGAUGAGCGACAAUUACCAGGAUAUGCAGCUGUUUCACUUUACCAUGGACAAUCAAUCAUUCAUGCUGCAAUGUCUGAAGAAUUGAUUGUCAACAUGUUUACGUUACAUGACAAAGAAUUUAUGAAACGCAUAGGUACGGAAUGGUGGAAUUUAAGGAAAAUGUUUUACAAUCAACCAAUUGAGAAAAUUCGAAAAUAUUUUGGUGAUGCCAUCGGUUUCUAUUUUUCAUUUGUUGGUUUCUAUACUUCCGCAUUAGUAAUACCAACAAUCCUAGGAAUUCUUCAAUUUCUUUUUGGAGAUGGUGAAACUACGCCAUAUUUUUGUUGCCUUUAUGUCGUGUGGAUGGCAGUUUUUCUCGAAAUAUGGAAAAGAAAAUGCUCAGCAAUGGCAUAUAAAUGGGGAACAUUAUCGUUAGCAACAAUUGAGUUGCCACGACCAGAUUAUUAUGGUAAAUUAGGACGUGAUCCUAUCACAGGAAAACUGACGCCACAAUACCCGCAAUGGAAAACAAUGACUCAAGUUUAUUUAAUAUCUGUGCCUGUAAUUCUAUUGUGCAUCGGUGGAGCUGCUUUCAUGACAAUCUCACAGUUUUGGUUUGAGGAUUAUUUGAUUGAAAAAUUUGGCUACGAAUCAUACAUCACCAUGAUACCAUCUAUCUUUCAAUCAAUCUUUGUUGCUAUAUUGACUGUUUUCUACGAUCGCUUUGCAACUUUUUUGACCGUGAAGGAAAAUCAUCGCACACAAAAUCAAUAUGAACGACACCGUGUAAACAAAUUGAUUGUCCUAGAAUUCGUCAACAACUUCUUUUGUCUCUUUUAUAUUGCAUUUGUUAAACGUGAUAUGAAAAUGCUUCAGAAUCAGCUCAUGACACAAAUGCUCAUUCUGCAGUUCGUUCAAAACGCCCAAGAAUUCUUGCUUCCGAAAUUAAAGCAGAAAUAUGUGCUAUGGUUUUGUUGUGAUGGUGGAAUAUUUAAUAAACAUAACGAUGACAACGAAAUUGAUACCAAAAGACUGACAGAAGUAUAUGAUGAUUUAAAUAUUCAACAAUUGGAUGAUGAUGAUCCGAGAAUCAAACAGAAUAUACGUGAGAGUGCAAAAGAUGAGUACAACACCUAUGAUGAUUAUUUAGAGCUAUACAUCCAAUUUGGUUAUGUAGUUCUUUUUUCCUCAGUAGCACCGUUCGCUGCAUUCUGGGCAUUAUUCAAUAAUUUUUUUGAAAUCCGACUUGACGCUUACAAGCUAUGCAAGACCUUUAGGCGUCCGUUUGCAAGGCGAGCAAAGAAUACUGGUGCUUGGCAACUCGCAUUCGAAGUACUCGCAUGCCUAUCAAUCAUGAGCAAUUGUGGCAUUCUCUAUUUAUCACCGCAAGUGAGGGAAAUAACUGAAGGAAUGUCAACGGAACUAAAAGUGAUCAUUAUAGUGGCGUUAGAACAUUUCCUUUUAUUGCUAGCAUGGAUUAUCCAUAAAGGAAUUCCAGAUCGACCAAGUUGGGUGAGAAUUGCCUUAGCCCGUAAUGAUUAUGAAUCAAAACAAGCGCUCAAACGUGAGGUAAACUAUAAACCGACUAUUAUUAUAUGUCAAAUUUUAUUAACUGUGGUUUUAUAUGUUUCCUUACCAAAAUAUAUUGUUUAUUUAGAGUAGUUCCAAAAAACACUAACCAAAGGUUUAAAAAAAUUUGUGAGCGGGCUCAAACAGUAUUAAUAUGGUGUUGUCGUACAAUUUUUUUGCUUAAUUAUUUGUUGCCAUUUAUUGCAUAUAGGAAGAUUUUUUAUCGCACGCUGUAAAAAAAUGUUUAUCAUGCACAUACACACUCAGGAAAAAUUCAUUAAAAACUUUCCCAUAUGUAUUGUAAAUUUUAUUAUAGGACUAAAAGUGAUGCCCAUGCGAUGCCAAAAUAUGUUAUGCCAGUUAGUCAGCUUUUAUAUAGAUUUGCUUGCAUCCCCAUUACAUCAAUUUCUUCAAAGUUUAUAUGAAAAAAAUAAUAUAUGCCUUAUGACAGCAUAUACACAAAGUUUUUGAUCGCAACAUGUAUGAGUUAUGUGAAUUCUUUCAUUAGUUUUAAAAUUUUAUUCAUUUUGAAGCCAUAACAAGAUUGCUUUUAAAAAGAGUUACUUAAAAUAUAUACAUAUUUAUUAUAACAAAUUGUUUUCACAAAAUAAAAAUGAUAAUAAACAGAUUGUCAUGUUUGAUUUUAACGAUCAUGAGUUUUUUGAAAGAGC